UAAUUUAUUUGACUAAAAUCAAGCGGCCUCUCACCAUCAAAACCAAAAAUAAAUAUUCUUUAAUUUUCCUUUUUUAUUUUAAAUCUUUUCCUAUAGAAAACAAAAUCUUUUAUAUAUUUUUGUUUCUUUUGAAAACGCAAAUUCUCUUCUCUGUCACAGUCCCUCAAUUCUCGCUCUGUUAUUAGUUUCCGUUUUCUUUUUUUUUUUUCACUAACCUUGCAACUAAAGGGCCCUCUCGCUUGUUCUUUCCGUUUUCCCAGUCCCUUUCUCAAGAAAAUUUCAUCUCGAAUUUUCUCGAGAAGGUUAGGGUUUAUAACAAAGACGGAUAUAGAGAAGGAGCAACCAUGAGCUUUCAAGAUCUGGAAGCUGGACGGCCAUUGGCGUCGAGGCAAAACCUGAUCAACGGCAAGCAAGACGCCACCCAAGCAUUGGCUUCUGGCAUUUUCCAGAUCAACACCGCCGUCUCCACCUUCCAGCGUCUCGUCAAUACCCUUGGGACUCCUAAGGACACGCAUGAGCUCCGAGAAAAGCUGCAUAAAACGAGGCUACAUAUUGGGCAAUUAGUGAAGGACACUUCCGCUAAACUUAAACAAGCUAGUGAAACAGAUCACCGUGCUGAAGUUAGCGCCAGCAAGAAGAUAACAGAUGCUAAACUUGCAAAAGAUUUUCAAGCAGUUUUGAAAGAGUUUCAGAAGGCUCAACGGCUUGCAGUUGAAAGGGAAACAGCAUACACUCCUUUUGUUCCCCAGGCAGUUCUUCCUUCAAGGCUUUUGCAUGUUAUUCUUACACUGAGGUCUCUUCCUGGUAUAUUCAGCUACACGGCCAGUGAGAUAGAUGUAGGUUCAGAUAAAAACGCUGAACAGCGAUCUCUUCUUGUGGAAUCAAGAAGACAAGAGGUCUUGCAGUUUGAUAAUGAGAUUGCAUUUAAUGAGGCCAUCAUUGACGAAAGAGAACUAGGAAUUCAAGAAAUUCAGCAGCAAAUUGGUGAGGUGAACGAGAUCUUCAAAGAUCUUGCUGUGCUAGUUCAUGAGCAAGGAACUAUAAUCGAUGACAUUGGGACCCAUAUUGAAAAUUCACGGGCUGCCACUGUUCAAGCUAAAUCCCAACUUGUGAAAGCUGCAAAGACUCAGAGAUCAAAUUCUUCUCUGACCUGUUUGCUCCUGGUGAUAUUCGGAAUUGUGCUUCUGAUCGUGAUCAUAGUACUGGCAGCCUGAUCAAAAGGUUGUCCAAUUUGAUUGCAGAACAAUUUCAAGAUCUUCUUAGCAGCAAGAGGGUGAUAUUUUUGCUAAUCUUAGUAUAUAGCAUGAUGGCUGACUGGAGUUCACUUCUGAUCUUUGUAUAUAGCAUCUGGCUGUCGGUCAUCCUUUAUGUUAUUUGGUUGAUCUUGGGGUGGGGUGUCUCUUUUUCUAUAAGUUGGUGUUUGGAUAUGUCGAGGUUGUGUUACAGCUUUCGUGUAUUGUCCCUUUUGUUUUCUUGAAAUUUACUCUAAUAUGAGCCAUAAUUCUUUGGUUUUUAGCGUGUGUGUGUGUCUGUGUGCCUGUGUGCAUUUACAUAGUGCCUUAUUUCCAUGGCAUUGUGAUUCUGGCUUGCUGCAUUAAAUUU